CCUGGAUUUCAGAGCUGCGGGGAAGGGCCAUAGAUUGUUUGCUUUGAGGUUGCUGGGCUGCAGGGUGUGUUAGGCGCCCUGUUGGCUUGGGUGAGAAGGAAUGACAAUAGUUACUUUCGCAUAGGAGAGGCAGGUGUGGAAUAUAAUGUGCUCGAACGUAGAGGAAGAAGAGCCAUGGAUACGAGAUAUUUACACUCUGGUUUGCCAGGGCUGACAGCUCAUCCGACGAUGGUCUGCCACCGAGAAUCGUACCCGGCCCUCGAAGCAGUACAGCGCAGCGCAGCCGGGAAAUACGUCCUCAUAACCAAUGCUUCGCACGGAAUCGGCCGAGCAAUCGCGGUAUCGUGGGCAAGAGCAAAAGCUGCCGGGAUCGCAAUCAGCAGCCUCAACGCAGAGGAUCUCGAGUUUGUCGCAGAGGAGAUUAGACGCAUCAACCACAACAUCCCAAUCGUCGCCAUGACUUGCGAUACUACAAGUUCAUUCGACGUAAAUAACUUCUUCUCCGCUACAAAAGAUAUCCUUGGUAGAUUGGAUGUAGCGAUUGCGAAUGUCGGUACCACGCAUCUUGACUACUUGGACAUAACCGAUGACAACGACUUGUGGUGGGCAGAUGUAAUGACAAACUUUCGCAGCACACAUCUCACUGCCCACCAGUACCUUCGCACAUUUGGUCCAUCUCCUAUUGGUACUUUUAUCUCAAUAACUUCAGGCGCGAACUUCUGCGUCGGUGCUGGGGUCUCGUCGCAUGAGUUUGCCCAACAGAUCGACCACCGACUUUUAGAAUUUCUGGCCUUUGAGUAUCCGAUGAUGAAAGCUUUUUCGCUGAAUUCAGUGCCGAUACAUGUGAGAAGGACAAGACUUAUACACGGUCAUCCCGAGAUUUGUAAUCCAGAGUUGGUCGGGUUAUUUUCUGUUUGGUUGGGUGGCGGGCGAGCGGAUCUACUGAGGGGCAAUAGUUUGCGUGCCGAAUGGGACAUUGGUGAGCUUGAGCGCAACAUGUGGCAAGCGUUGGAGAAGGAUACCUUGAAGCAGAAAAUAUCUAGCGGUUGUUUGCGGCUGGCGAUGAGGCAAGUAUAGUAGGAGUUUUGCACAUGGGCUGUUGAAUAUGAACCGGAGAGUUCUAUUUAAUUUCUGUAUCGCCUUUCUCAAACGCUGGUGUUGUAAGAUAC